CACUCGUUUGUCAGUUGAAACUCUCUCUCUCUCUUCUUGCGCGCGCGCGCGCGCGCACACACACGCGCACACACUGAUGGAGUCGAUCAGCGGUCGCUUCGCUUUUUUUUCGCCGCAUCCGGCGGUUUUCCUCCGCCCGGAGGACAGGAGUUACCCGCGCAGCCCGAAAUGCGCCCGCUGCAGGAAUCACGGGGUGGUUUCUGCUCUUAAGGGACACAAACGCUUCUGCCGCUGGCGGGGCUGCGAGUGUGUCAAGUGCGCGUUAAUCGCGGAGCGGCAGCGCGUCAUGGCUGCGCAGGUCGCGCUGCGGAGGCAGCAGGCACAGGAGGAGCUGCAGAUGGUUUACCCCGCAGCAAGAGCAACCGAGAGCGGCAUAAACCCAUCCAGAACAGCGCGGAGUUCAUCUACUUCACCCCCUUUUGACGCUUUCAAAGACGAAAAAACACUGAGUAAGAGCCGUGUCUUUGAUGGGUUCAUGAAUCAGGCUUUAUUUGUACCUCACACAUCUACAAUCAUCCCCCCACUGGGAGAAAGUGACCCAGUGAAUGACGGUGUGUCUCCAGGGCCGGAUCAUCUCUCAGUGAAUCUAAAGUCGCAGAAUUCCUCAGAUCUAGAGUCAGGUAUCGAGCUCAAGAAACUUAAAGACCAGCCAUCAGACCUUGGCAGGAGAACCCCCGCAACAGUAUUAAAGAAGAUCUUCCCUCAUGUGAAAGCGGACGUUCUGGAGUCAGCUCUCAAAAGCUGUUCAGAGGAUGUUGUGAAGACCAUUGAUCUGGUGCUCGGUUAUCAGCAGGGUCAGAAUCCAAAUGGAGAUGUGGUGCCAUCCUGUGAAAAUGUGCCCGUCUCCCAAUCAAACAGCAUCAGCUUUACAGAUGCUCCACUGAGACACUUCAGCUCCAAAUCUGCUUUCUCUCCCCUCCAGUCCUCAUCCACAAACUCUUUCAGCAGUGAAGGUUUGAUGGGGUUAAAUCAUCGGUUUGCGUUUGGUCCACUGCGACUUGCCUAUUCGACGCCAAACUUUAUUCCGCCAUACAUGACUUCUGGAUUUCUCCCAGCAAUGUCCCUGCGGCCCCCGACAGGAUAUCCAUUCAGCAACCUCCUACGAGAUCUGCCAUAUCCCAAAGACACGUUCAACCCCACCAGCCUAUACUCAAGCCAUGACACAUAACCACAAAAGAAAUAAAAAGAAAAAUGACAUAAGUACAGCUGUUGUCUGCAUAUCUUUUUUUACACUGUUAUACUACUUUUUAUUGAAACAGUAAAUGUUUAUGCCUGUUUGAAGUACAUAUUAUAUGUUUAUGUCCCAUUUUGUUAAUUAAACAAAUAA